ACAGUUUUUUAAACAUUUUUUAAUACGGACAAAACUUAACCCUAAACUGAUCAGAUUUUUAUGUCAACAAAUACGCCGAGAGUUUCUUUAGUUUUUUAUGUAUAUUCUUUAUUCUCUUAUCCGUUCCAGACUUUCUCUGCAGCAGGAAUCCAAUAUGAGGAUCCUUUUACUUCUAGCUGCAAUGACAGCCAUAUCUGGAACCCAGAAUGACUGCUCUCUUGGAGCGUGUUAUCCACCUAGCAAGGACCUGCUUCUGGGCAGGUCUCACCAGCUGCGAGCCUCCUCCACUUGUGGCCUUACUGGCUCAGAGGUCUACUGCACCCCAUACCAGCAGUGGAGGAUGAAAUGCUGCCCAUGUGACUCCAGGAACCCAAACGGUCAGCUGGCCCACACAGUCCAAGAGAUCCUCACAACCUCUGGACCAGACAGGUGGUGGCAGUCCAGCAAAGGGGUAAAUCCAGUCACUCUGCAGCUGGACCUCAAUAACCUGUUUCAGCUUGACAACCUGGUGCUCAGCUUCAAGGGUCCUCGUCCCAGUUCCCUGGUCAUAGAGAGAACUCUAGAUAAUGGUCAGACAUGGCAGCCUGCACUCUACUUGGCCAAAAACUGUGAGGAAGCUUUUCCUGGGGUCCAAACCACUACCCCUCUCAGUCUGGAGCAAAUGUACUGCCACACACUGCACCCCUAUGAAAACCCAUACCAAGAGGAAACAAUUGAGUUCAGCCCAUUGCGUCAGUACACUUUUGCUCCAGCUUCCAACAGCCAGAAAAUUGAAGAUAAGUCUGGCUUCACAGGACUGCGGGUAACGCUAACUGAGCUGGGCAAUGUGCCCCAUUUACCGGGCAGAUCUCUCAGUAAAUUCUUUGCCCUGAAAGAAAUGAGAGUGAUGGGCACUUGCAUGUGCCACGGACAUGCUGACCGGUGCCUGCCAGAGGAAUACAGUAACCUGAAUUCCAAUAUCAUACAGGUAAAUCCUGUGUGUGACUGCAAGCAUAACACAGCCGGCAUAAACUGUGAGCGCUGUGCUGACUUCUACAAUGAUCUACCUUGGAGAUCCGCAGAGGAGGAGAACACACACACUUGCAAACGCUGUGAGUGUAACAACCACUCCCAGCGCUGUCACUUUGACCUGGCUGUGUAUGAGGCCAGUGGACGGAGGAGUGGAGGAGUGUGUGAGGGUUGCAUGCACCACACCACAGGGCCAAAGUGUGACCAGUGUGCACCAGGCUAUCAGCCAAAACCCCGUAGCCAAAUGGAUCGUCCUGAUGCAUGCAUGCGCUGUAUUUGCAGUGUGGAAGGAGCACUAAAUGGAGGCCAAUGUGAAGACAGCACAGGCUCCUGUCAGUGCAAAGCUAAUGUGGAGGGUCCCCACUGUGACCGCUGCAAAAGAGGUUUCUACGGCCUGAGCUUAUCCAACCCUGUGGGCUGUAAAAAGUGUUCCUGUUCUCAAGUAGGCUCCCUGUCAGUUUUGUGUGAUCCUGUGAUCGGCCAGUGUCCCUGUCGUCCCCACUUCCAUGGCCUGACCUGUGAUGUGUGUUCAAGAGGCUACUGGAAAGCUCCCCAAACAGAACUCUGUGUACCCUGUGGCUGUGACCCCACCUGGUCAACCAGUGACACCUGUGACCAGGAGACAGGUCAGUGUCAGUGCAGACCAGGCUUUGGAGGAAGAACAUGCACUGAGUGCGCAGACAACACAUAUGGAACCCCUCUGUCUGGGUGCCGGCCUUGUCAGUGUGAUGUAGGCGGAACCCUUCCAGGAGUUUGUGACAGAAGGACUGGAGUGUGUUUGUGCCGAUUGGGUGUCACUGGGACUCGUUGUGACUCUUGCAGUCGAGGGUACUGUGAUUCUUUCCCUGCCUGUAAACUUUGUCCAAACUGUUUCUUUACCCUGGACUCCCAAAGAAUGAACAUUAGCCUUUCUAUAGAGCAACUUUUUCCCAGAUUCCCUUCGCUUCCCGGAAGUGCUAGUGAUCUUGGAAGCUCUUGGCCACGCAUUUGGACUCUUGAGGCCACCGUAGGCAAGAUCAGGGACUCUAUAUCUCAACCACCCAACACUGUUACGCAGCUUGAUGAUGCCCUAUUCCAGCUCAACAAACUGAGGGACGAGUUGGAAAAAAUCGAUAAUGAUCUUCCUCCUCCAGUAAGAGAUCCUGGUUUGGAAUAUGAGCUGGAUAAACUACAAGCUCUGCUGGACAGCAUCCAUUUGAUUUUUAAAUCCAAAAAAGAUGCCAUAGAGAACUACAUCAACCCCAGUAAUUCAGGAGCACACGAUAUCAUUAAGAAUGCGUAUUAUGAAUCGAGAGAUGCAGAUAAAAAAGUAAAUUCUACUGAAAACACAGCAAAGGAGGCAAGUGACAUCCGGGAGGAAACAAAGGACAUUCAGAAUCAAGUGCAGCCAAACAACACCAGAGACCUGAGCAAGCUAAAGCACAACAUGUCCUCCCAACCAGAUCUCACUCCUGUCGCAAAACAGGUGUGCGGCAGUGUUCGAUCAGAGCCCUGCACCCCUCUCCAGUGUGUGGGAGAUUUAUUGUGUCCACCAGAGGGCCCAGCCUGUAAAAAUGUAACAAAGUGUGUAGGUGCGCUGCCGUUAAGCAAAAGGGCUAAUGCUGAUGUUAUUGAUGUGAAGGACCGACUGAGCAAGCUUAGUGUGAAGAUCACGGAGGCUACAGAAAUGCUUCAGAAUACACAGGAAACAACAGACCAGGUGAGACAAUUAGCAAAGGACCUGUCUAGUAAAACUAAGAAGGCCAGAGAUAUGCUGGAGGAGGACUUCAAAGAGACGCACAAUGUUGUUAAAGUGCUCAAAGACUUUCUGUCAGACCCGUCCUCCAACCUAAUCCAGGUCCAGGGGGUGAGUGACUGGAUUCUGAAUGCCAGGCUGCCCAUCAGUCUGUCUAUCCUGAAGUCAAAGCUGGAAGAGCUUAAAAACGUGGCUGCAAAUCUACCAACCACAAUGAAUGUGCUGAAGGAGGCCAAGCCACAACUGGACACAGCCAGGAAGCUGCUUCAGGAGGCUCAGGACACCAGGUUCAAGGCACUGGGAGCCAAGAGCAAUGUGAGUGGACUCCUGGAAGGCUUAGAAUCAGGGAAUGACUCCCUCUCUGACUUGGAAGAGAAAAUGCAGGACAGCAUGGAUCUCAUUGAAAGCCUCAAUAAUAACCUUACACAAGCCAAAGACCUGCUAAGGCCAGCAGAGAAUGCACUGGAGGAUACAGGAGCACUGAUGACACCAAUGAAAGCCAAACUGGAUGGGUUAAAAGAGCAACUGGAGGAUGCACAAGAAAAGGGUCCUUAUGCUCUGAACACUGCCGACAAAGCUGAGGAAGAGACAGCUGUCGCAGAAGCAGAUCUAAAGAUGUUGGAGGUACAGCUUGAUCAUCUUAAAGACAAAUCGGACCCUGGAGGUACUGGAGAGACAACUCCUGUGGCAGAUAGACUGGAAAAGCUACAGGAGAAAGCUGGAGCUCUGGCUAACACCACACAAAAGAUGACAGAGGCUCUUGAAGGAAAAACAGACUCCCUCCAAAAGCUACAGGAUGAGAUCUUUCAGAAGUCUGCAACGCUUGAAGGACUUGAUGCCAAGCUGAAAAACAUCUUGACAGUACUUCGAAAUAGAGCAGAAGAACUCCGCACCUGUCAGGGCUAAGAUCCCAUGCACUGUAGCUCCUUUUGGUGCUCUGUCAUUAAAAUCCUUAACUAGCAUACAUUUAUUAUAUUUGCACUCUUUGCAUGGCACUUUUUUUCAAGAAAAUCCUUCUUUAUACUGACAAAUAGUAAUCCACUCUGCACUAUCGUCCACUGUUGAGAAAAAUGUCAGUGUACAAUAUUUAUUUCUUGGUUUGUAUCCAUUGUUUGUGCACUUUAAAAUAAAUGCUUGUUUACGGUUAAGUUUGUA